AUGGCUUUGAUUAGCAGAAAAAGUUUCCAGUUUUAUUCAUUCAGCGCACCAGCAAGCAGGUCCAUUUUGAUGACUUUAAGCAAGAGGUUGAGCUUUAUCAGUGGGCAGCGAAAGCCCCAAAACUGUACCUCUGUAGCCAUGAGGAUGCUAUGUUUCAAAGAUAAAUCUCAGUAUAUGUUUUGUAGAAAAAACCACGUACAACUGCGGUUACAGCCUCUUUCUGUUAAUGAAACUGUGCAUCUUUGUGGAGAUACUGGGAGCAGUACUAAAGCUAAUCAUGUGUGGAUGGAUGAACAGCUGUUUUUCAAGAAGUUGAACCGCCUUUGUACAUCGAAAGAGAUCUUUGACUUUCUCAGCUCUCUGGAAGUCAUGUCUGAUACGAUGGCAUCAGGAGCCCUGCAGAGGAUUUCUGAAGUGGAGGUGGAUGACAAUGGCCUGAAAAACCCUGAAGGAGUGUUAGAGAAUGAAGUUUUCAGGGCAUUAUGCUUUCGGUUUGAAUUUGAAUCCUCCAAACUGUCAGACACGGGGCUGCUGAAUGCCUUGCAAGCUUUGGUAAAACUACGCAUAGAUCCGCAGAGUACACUGAUGGUAAGCUUGCUUUCAGAGGGUAAAGAACGGCUUGGUAAAGGACAGUUGACUGUUAAAAAUCUGUGUGCUCUUGGAGAGAGUUUGCUUGAGUUGGAAGGCCCAACUUGUGCAACACUGGAACAAAUUGUGAACCACAUGCAAGAAAAAGACAUUGAGAAGUGGAGUCCUAGGGAAGUGGUGAUGGUUUAUAAGAUGCUGCAGGUGACUGUCAGGGAAAGGGAACAAUACCAAGACUUGCUAAACAGGCUGAACAGUGUCACUUUAAUCAUAGUUUCCCAGCUAAGCCCAAAGUUCACAAGCAUAAUACUGAAUUCACUGGUUGUUCUUCAUCAGGCUCAGGCAGUUUCCUUGGUCACAGCACUGUGUAAACAUUCUGUGAAGUAUAUUCCAUAUUUCACAGAUGAUGAACUGGUAAAUGUACUGGAAGCCUUUCUAUACUUCGGACAUCGCGAACAAAUCUUUACAGAGGCACUGGAAACACAUGUUCCCAAGUCCAUCUUUACCAUGCACCCUCAAACAGUCAGCAAAGUCAUGCAGUAUUGCUGCAGAAAGAUGAUCCUUUCUAAGCCCAUCUUCGAUGCAGUGGCAGAAAGUUUCAUUUCCAAUGCUGACAGACUUAGCACCGACCAGAUUGCUGGGUAUAUUAUACCAUUUGGGACUCUUAACUACCUGCCUCCAAGUGCUUCUUCCUUGUUUAGGAAGCUUGAAACUGUACUGCGUGCUCGCCUUAGUCACUUCCAGCCUCACACCUUGCUGAACCUGCUGCACUCAUGCGUGCUUAUUCAACGUUAUCCAGUAAAUUUUCUGCCGAAAAUAUUUAGUCCCUAUUUUCUGCAACAACUUCAAGCUCAGCCACCUGGUUUGGACAGAAUUGUUACCUCCCAGCUAACCCAGCUUUUUCUGACUGUCAACCUGGAGUGCCCAUUUUAUGAGGGUCCCAAACUCCUUCCAAAGUAUCAAGUAAAGGCCUUUCUUACACCUCACAGUUCUCUGGAUGUUCACCUCCUCAAAAAGGUGAAGACUGGAUUACUUUACUUACUGAAAAAAAGAAUAUAUUUUUCAUCAGACGUGUUAACACCGUAUUUCUACAUAGUUGAUAUUGAGAUUAAAUUAGAUGAAGAAGGUUUUGUAUUGCCUGCUGCCCAAUGUGAAGAGGUGCACAGACGAAUUGCCCUCUGUGUUGAUGGUCGAAAUAGAUUUUGCGUUAACAGCCGCAAUCUGUUGGGAGAAGAAGCUAUUAAACAGAGACAUCUUCACUUACUUGGUUAUGAAGUCGUGCAGAUUCCAUUUUUUGAGAUUGAGAGUCUACAUAAUUGCAGGAAAAUGGCAGAAUAUCUACACAAAAAAAUCUUUCCUCAUACAUAUGGACUCAGCUCCUGACACUGGAGAAUAAUGCUAAAUCAGAGGUUGACCUCCUGUACUAUAAAGUGUAAAUAUUGUGCAUGGAAGAAAAAUUCUGUUUUCUAAGUGACUCGACCUAAAAUGAUUUGAGCUUCUGAAUGUGAGGCCUUCCAAUAUUUGAAACAAUUGACAUGUAAAGAGUAAUAAAGAACAACAUAUUUUUG